CUUGCGUGCUUGUGCCUCGCUACUCCGUACAGGUAUACAAGUAGUAAGGAGGAGUCGUAGUCGUAGAUCCUCACAGUUGGACGUAUAUACAGUACCUCCUUCCCUCUUUACUACUCAAGCCUUUGGAUCAGUACACCCGAAGAGCAAGGAGCACGCGGAUCCCAUCCACCGUCCCAGUGGAGGCGGCCGUAGUCAGUGAUCCGCAGGGUCCACCAGUGCGAUGCCCUGCCCUGCGCGGCUAACGAUCGAGCAGCAAGUUAGUAAGGCGAAUAGAUGGUCGACUUGGAUAAGCACCUUGAUGUACGUAUCGCUGGCGGAGCAGCACUGCCACACACUCUCUCUGUCACUCACUGACUCACUACUAACAACGCAGUACCCAGAUUCUCGAUCGCUGGAGCAUGCGAUGCAGCGAUGGCGAUUGGCGAUGGGCGAUUCGCGUGCUCCCUCCCCCCUUAGCUUUAGCUUUGGUUUGGCCCGUUGUUGCGGCCUUUCAUGUCCUUAUUUACUUACUGGGUACGUACUUACCACGGUGUGUGGGGCUAUAAAGAGCAGAUCCCACGCAACACCCACCGCGAUGGCAAGUUACAAGUUACAAGUUGCAAGUACGAGCUGUGUGAUAGCCGGCAAGCUUCCUUCCUCUCCACACACACAUACGAACCGCGCAGGCAAAGGCAAAAUGUGCACACGCAUACCACGUACAUACAUACGACGUACGGACAAGCGUGCCGCGCCUUGGCCUUUGCUUGGCCUUGGCUCUUGUACGAGCUGCUCGUGCUCGUGCUGCGUACGUGCUUUUUGGUUAGUCAGUCAGUGAGCAGCAGCGGCGAUGAAUGAGUGGGGACGACAGCCAAGCACGCACGCAUGCACGCAAGCAAAAGCUCCUGCCGCAGUCGCCCUGCAUGGCGCUGUGGCGCGCGCCUGUUGCUGCUGCUGCUGCUGCUGCUGCUGCGUCUC